AUGCAAGCAGCUCAGCAGCUUCGCAAGAUGAAGUUGUUGCUCAAUGGGCUUUCAUACGGGCUGCUGACCUGCACCAGAGGACCCUGUCCCGUCCAAGGAUGGAAGUCGUGUGGUGUCUAUACCUUUUCACAGAGAAACACCCUCCUGGUACAAUCUACCACUCAACUCACACCAACCACCAGAUACUCAAAUAAUGCCACACAGUCCUACUCCAUGAUCUACAGUCUGCCACAUAUCAAGUUCCUCAGGGCAGUGUCUCGACUCAAACUUAUCCAGACCGGCAUCACGUUGGCUAUUUUACCCCCAGUAUACUAUUCUUACUUACAAGGAGAUUUGUCCAUGUUCGUCGUUGGUUACGCCACAGGAAUAGCUGGUUUUGCUGGUGUCAUGUUGUACACAGCCAGUUAUUUCUCCAGAAGAGUGGUUGGGAUGAUGUACCUGGACUCCUCACAGGAAACACUUAAAGUUUCCCAUCUGACGUUUUGGGGAAAGCGCACUGACCGUUUCUUCCCCGUGUCGGACGUGAUGACUAUUGCAGAUACAGGUGACUCCACGAGCGAGACUAUACUGAGACUGAAGACCUACAGCAGCCCAGAGACCUUUUACUUCUCCACUAAUUACGGACGUGUUGUUGACCGGGACGGAUUUGAGAAAGUGUUUGGAAAACUAAAAUGA